CCAGAGCGAGGUAGACAACGGCGAACUGCCUUAGGGGCUCCGACUCUGGAUUUUCUUGAGGUUUACUCCUUUUCCAUGACUGGAUAUGGGCACAAGGCAGUGGCGGUUUUAAAUCAGUUUUCCCUCUCCUAGAUGGACUGCCUUCCCAGGCUGAAGAGUCCCAUCACCCCAUCUGCCCGAGACUCAUGGGGACGAGAGCGUCUACCUUCCCGUGCAGGUCAAUAGGACCUGCCCACUAGUAUAUAAAAAGGUUGCUAAGGUAAACUGGAACGUAAGCCAUUCCCAUUACAUCUCCUAAUAAUCCAGUGAGCACUUUGAAGGAUUUCUUUGAUAUGCCAGUUGAGAGAGUGACCAUGUGUAUUGUGGAGAGAUUACUUAAGCCAUUUACAGGUGGAUAAAGGAAGAUGUACAGCACAUUUAGUUCCCCAAAAGAGCCCGGCCCCAGCCUCUCUGAUGUGCACCAAUAUGGUCAAUGGUUAGCAAGCAGGCAUGAAGCUAGUUUAUUACCAAUGAAGGAGGACUUGGCUCUUUGGCUGACAAAUUUACUAGGGAAAGAGAUUACUGCGGAAAGCUUUAUGGGAAAGCUGGAUAACGGAGCACUUCUCUGCCAACUUGCCCAAACAUUGCAAGAAAAGUUCAAAGAAAACAACAGUGAAAACAAAGUUGCCAAGAGACUGCUUCUGAAGAAGAUUCCUUGUCGAGCAAAUGCCCCUCCAGGUUCAUUCUUUGCCCGUGACAACACUGCCAACUUCCUCUCCUGGUGUCGGGAAGUGGGAGUGGAUGAUACUUGCCUUUUUGAAUCCGAAGGUUUGGUCCUUCACAAACAACCCAGAGAGGUGUGCCUGUGCUUGCUGGAGCUGGGGAGAAUAGCUUGCAGGUUUGGAGUCGAACCUUCAGGACUGGUCAAAUUAGAAAAAGAAAUUGAACAGGAAGAGUCGCAUUCUACACCACCCCCCUCUCCAUCUCCGACUAAAUCCCCUGGGAAGAAGAGUGCAGGGAAGCUGCUCGAUGAUGCUGUGAAACAUAUUUCAGAAGAUCCUCCUUGCAAAUGUCCACAGAAGUUUUAUGUCGAGCGACUUUCUCAGGGACGGUAUCGUGUUGGAGAAAAGAUUCUCUUCAUUCGGAUGCUGCACAACAAGCACGUGAUGGUGCGUGUAGGAGGGGGCUGGGAGACCUUUGAAGGCUACCUGCUGAAGCACGAUCCCUGCCGGAUACUGCAGAUCUCCAGGGUGGACGGCAAGACCUCUCCUGUCCCCAACAAGUCCCUGCCCAUCAAAGAUCCAAGCCCUGAUAGCUACCUGGUGGUGGCUGCCCACUACAGGAGCAGAAGAGAGAACGCAAGUCACAAUAGUGGUAACUGGGGAACAAAAUGAUGGCAGAGUAUUUACCAUGCCAUCUCAACUAACACCAAAUAUCAAAAGUACCACGUACUACCCUUCCAAACCGAGCAGUCCCACAGUCAUUCUCCCCAAUCACCCGAGACGGGAUUUUUGGUGAAACUAGAAAGAACCAAAAAAUGCAGAUAAUAAGACGGAGAAAAAAAAUAUCUCGCGACAAAGUUGUAGUAGAUUUAGAGACAGUGAUCGGCACUUUAACGACUUGAACAAUUUUACUUCACUGGUUUAAAUCCCAGUGUGGAGAAAUUCAAAGUGGUAAGAUUGUAACUGUGCCUAUUUUGAUUACACAUUGCUUGACUAUCAUACUUCCUGCCUUGUUAAGAAAAA